UGGACAAAGAAAUCAGGUGGUUAAUACGUCAUACCCAGAAGAAUGACAUGUUUGUUUAUCGUUGCUAACAUUCAGGUAUCUUAAUGCAAAGAGGACAAACGUUGGUGGGACCAAGAUGGCAUCGUACUUUGAUGAACACAACUGUGAGCCCACCAACCCCGAGGAGCAGUAUCGCCAGAAUGCACUGCUUGAAUUGGCCAGGUCUUUGAUGCAGGGCUUGGACUUAUUUGACUCCGGUGCGUUCGACUUGUCAGACUGGGACCAGCGUCUUCCUCCUCCGGCGGCCAAAACUGCUGUUCAGACGCUCACUGUGGUCAUCAUCUCUCCAGAGCAAGCAGACAAAGGUCUGAAGUGUCCUGUGUGUUUGCUGGAGUUCGAGGAGGAGGAGUCCGUUCGGGAGAUGCCUUGUAAACACCUUUUCCACUCGGGAUGUAUACUGCCGUGGUUGGGAAAGACUAACUCCUGUCCGCUCUGCCGACUUGAAUUACCGACUGAUAAUCCAGAGUAUGAGGAGUUUAAAAAAGACAAGGAGAGGAGAAGGCAGAGGGAGCACCGGCUGGAGGACCUCCAUGGCUCCAUGUACACAUGACGAGACUCCGCUGUGGUACAAGUCUGUGGCACAGUGACAUUUUACUGAAAGAAUUUAAUACAGAAUGUGAUUUCAAGCAUGAGUGGGGAAUAAACCCUUCUUUACCUUUUAUAUUUGUAGUCAGAUAUAUACAUUUAAUCUCAAAUAUCCCCCAUCAACAAAACUGCACACUUUAAAGCCACCACGCCUGGCACCGCUAUCUAAAUACAAUACAAUAUUACAAAUAUGUAUCAUAAUAACAUCAUUUGGUGUUAACACAAGGCUAGCCAUUUGUGUGACCUUCCUGAAAUAAUUUGAAAGUUUGGAUAAAUGCUUCUUAGUGAGACUGAUUAUAUUUUAAGAUGAGUAAGCUUUUGAUUCAUUUCUGUUCAGAUGCUUUAUGCCUUUUAAAUAUAAAUCUUUGAGCUUUAAACGCACAACUGUUCAGCUGUAUUUGUCUGAUUAAUAGGAAUUAUUUAAAGACCCAAAUAUAUUUGAAUCAGUUACUCUUACACUUCAGCAAUGCAGUAUAAACAGUGUACACUUACACACAUUAUAUGUGCUCUUUGAAGGCAGAUCACAGGUAGGAAUGUGUAAAUGGAAGCAGAAGAGGCCGAGAUAUUCUGACCUUAAAUCCCCUGUGAGGGUUGAACUCCAAAGAUACUGGAUCCUACAUUUAUCAUCAUGCAUUUUAUAUUAACCCAUUCCAUUUCCUUAGUGAAAAUCUGUUGAACCAGGGUAUAUUUAUGUCAUUUUCAACGAGCAGCAAGUGUUUAUGCAAGCCAUCCUUUCAGUUUUCUGCUCCACAGGUUGUUUCUGUUUUUUACAAAUGUCCCUGUUGGCAGGUGUUACUGAAACGAUUCCACAAGUACUGUAUGAUGUCAUGUUUAAAACACCAACUUACCGUGUUAUUUGUUGUUUAUAAAAACACAGAAAAUGCCUGUGUUUGAAGAACAACCCAUGCAAAACAUCUAACAAUUUGUAAUUGUUAUUUCAUAUUUGAAUAUAAAUCUGUCAAAUGAAAAUACCUUUAAAGACAAAUCAUACAUAUUUACAGAAUUUAUAAAAAGGAAACAAAAUAA